AUGGGUCCUUCCAACGAAUUGCUGUAUAUGCAGCGAGGCUCCAAAGAGCGACAACGUGAUUGUAGGAUAAAGAUGAAGAGGGCCGCUUCUGAUGACGGAGAUGGGGGUGCCAAGAAGGCCCCCAGGAUGUCGCCGGGGCCGAGUAGGCAGAGCCCCAGUUACUCGAUUGAGUCAGAUCCUUCGGAGGAUCCCACGGAGGGCAGCUAUGAUACCGAUCCUUCGGAGGAUCCAGCGACGAUUCCUCCGGAGCUGCUGACCCCCAGAGCAGAGGUUCCCGCGGAGGGUGGCUACGAUACAGACCCCUCGGAGGACCCCUCGGGGGAUAGCUACGACACGGAUCCGUCUGAGGACCCAUCUAUGACUCCUCCAGAGUCUCCGAUCCCUGGAGCAGAGGAUCCCGUGGAGGAUGGUUAUGACACUGAUAUUUCAGAGGAUCAGGCGAUGACCCCUCCGGAGCUCCUUACCUCCGCGGAGGAGGAUAGUUAUGAGGCAGACCUAUCGGAGCCUUCUUCUGGGACGACGGAGGAGGAGAUUUUCAGGUAUGCGCCGAUUGUUACUGCGAGGGUGAACCCCGAUAGCCCGGCCACCUCGGAGAGUGCUAUGGAUUUCUCCCGUUCUUGGCCUGAGUCACCUGUGAGACGGGAAUUGUCUGAUUCCCCAUACUCCCUCGGUUCAGAUGCGGGUUAUAGCGGGGGCCGGUUAGAUGAGGGGCAGACAGAUGAGGAUGAUGACGGACACACCUCUUACGGCAGCUCCUCAGGUCAGACCCGAAAUUGA